AUGAUGGCUAAGGAUUGCAUUCGUUUGAUUGUUGUCCUCUUGCUCGCCAAUGCAUCGUUUAUACUUUGCAGUGAAUCUGACAGUUCAUAUACAGAUGAAAAUGAGGAAAAUGAGAGUUCAACAAGAACGGAAGAUUCCGUAUUGGUUCUAAACUCUGAGAAUUUUGAUGAUGUUAUCAGUCAGAAUCCUACGGUCCUGGUUGAAUUUUAUGCCCCAUGGUGUGGCCAUUGUAAAAGCCUUGCUCCCAAAUACUCAGCUGCGGCGGAGGAGCUUGCUAAACAUGAACCACCAGUGGUGCUGGCCAAGGUGGAUGCCACCGUUCAUAGUGAGCUGGCACAAAGGUUUGAGAUCACAGGGUAUCCCACCCUUAGAUUUUUCAAGAAUGGAAAGGACUUUGAAUAUGAUGGGCCGCGAGAAACACAUGGCAUAGUAGAAUACAUGAAAAAGAUUGCCGAUCCUAAAUGGGAGCCAGAACCAGAGGCUGUGAUCACACUGACCAAAGAUAGUUUUGAUGAAACUGUCAGCAAGGAGAAGCUGAUGCUGGUGGAAUUCUACGCACCUUGGUGUGGUCACUGCAAGAAGUUAGCUCCUGUUUUUGAAAAAGCAGCAAAAGAGCUGCAGAAGGUGCAACCACCAAUUCUGUUAGCUAAAGUUGAUGCAACUAAAGAGUCAGAACUGGCAGUCAAAUAUAAUGUCACUGGUUAUCCAACUCUUAAAGUCUUUAGGAACGGCAAAGCUACAGAUUACAGAGGAGAGCGCAAUACUCCAUAUGAUAUUGCCUCCUACAUGAAAAAUCAGAUUGGAGACGGUGCUAAAGAGAUCAAUAACUUGAAGAAGCUAAAAGAAUUCUUUACACCAGAUGACAUUAGUGUAGUAGGGUUUUUUGAAUCUCCUGAUAAUCCUAAAGUUGUGCCUUUCAGAGAUUUAUCAAAUGACAUUCGAGAUGAUUUCAACUUUGCCAUUGUGUUCAAUGAAGAAGUCAGAAAUGCCUACAAGGUCAAACCAAACUCAGUAGUUGUCUUCACUGCAGAAAGGUUUCACACAAAGUAUGAGCCUAAGUGGUAUACACUGCAAAUAAAAGAUGACACCAUCCCUGAGGACAUUCUGGCAUUUAUAGAGGCCCAUCACCUGCCCUUGGUUGGACACUAUGCUCCUCCUCGCUCCAGCCAUUAUGACAAGAGAAGACCUCUCUGUUUGGUUUUCUAUUCUGUUGACUUUAGCUUUGAGCACAGAGAAGCAACUCAGUUCUGGAGACGCAAGAUAGCAGACAUUGCCAAGAAGUUCCCGGAGAUUACAUUUGCUGUGGCUGAUGAUGAAGAGAAUUCUAAACUCAUGGAAGAGUUUGGCUUGGAUGAAUCUGGUGAAGAAAUCAAUGUAGGCCUCUUUGGUGCCGACGGUAAAAAGUAUGCCAUGGAGCCAAUGGAUGAGUAUGACAGUGAUGAGAUCAUUUCAUUUCUCAACAAGUACAAGAAAGGAAAGUUAAAACCACAUAUCAAGUCCCAGAGACCUCCUAAGAAGCAGAAUGGGCCAGUGAUUGUGGCUGUUGGGGAGACCUUUGAGAAGAUUGUCAAGGAUCCCAGCAAGGAUGUUUUGAUAGAGCUGUAUGCUCCAUGGUGUGGACACUGCAAACAACUGGAGCCAAAAUUUGAAGCAUUAGCCAAGAAGCUGAAAAAGGAAUCUAACCUGGUCAUUGCCAAAAUGGAUGCCACAGCAAAUGAUCUGCCAGAAAAUUACAGUGUUUCUGGUUAUCCUACCAUCUAUUUUGCUGCUUCUAAUAACAAGGAAACACCUUUGAUAUAUGAUGGUCCACGUGAGGUUGAAGACUUUGAAAAUUUUUUACAAGAACAUGCAACUGUUUCAUUUGGAAAGGGUAAAAAAGAGGAAUUAUGA